AUGGCGAACAAGUUUGGAUUAGAAACCAAAAAACCUAACACUAGAGCAUGGAUAAAUAAAGCGAAACCUUACUUUGUGGAUCAAAUCGGAGACACACUUCAAGGUGAUUUAGAUAUGAACAAUUUCAAAGUAACUAAUUUAAAGUCUCCGGAAAACGAUAAUGACGCUGUUCAAAAGAAAUAUUUACGGGAACAAAUAAAUUCAAUUGAAGUAAAUAAAAACCAUUUAGAAGAUAAAAUAAGUAAUGUGAAAAGAUUCUUCAAAAGUCAACUAAAUAAUAUAAAUGUUUUUAAUGAUACUAAACUACAGCAAGAAGUAGCAGGUUUAAUAAGUUUUAUUCAAAAACAAUUGGUCAACGUAGUGAACAAAACUGAGUUACAAAAUUUAAUUGAUAUCUGA